CGUUGUUGCUUUUCUAUCAGCCUAAUGAACGCUUUAAUUUGUUUUCUUUUACAAUGCUAUUAUUUAAAUUGUGAAGGGGCUUGACUUAAUCACGGCAAACAUAAACGUAACGCGUUGGCACACCUGGAUACCGCAAUCAAAAUAUGCAAAGACGAGUGUGUGACCUAAAUGGCUUCUUUUAUCAACGUCAAGUCUAUCGGCUCACGUGAACGCCUCAGCAACACCAGUUGAUGUUGGUAUAAAAAAGGCUAUUUAUUACUUGGUCAGUUCAAAAACUGACCUUGUAAUAAAUAUGGCAAUACCAUUUGAAACGGUAUGGAUAUUUUGAACAUCAUAACAUCAUUCAUUUAUGAAAUAUGCAAUGCAAUUUGGAACAGGGUGUGGUGUGCACAUGUAGGCCUAUGUGAUUGGACUCUGUGGAUGCACUAUCUUCAUAUAUCGUUUUGGCCAAUCUGUUAUGUAUAAACUGCAAACGUUGAACUGCAGAUAAUACAACAGGGGGGCUUUAUCAGUACAGUAGACAAAUCAACAGAGAUUACUUUCAAAGCUUCAAGGAAGGAUCACGGCCAAGACGACUUGCGAUGUAAUACUUUAUCUACAACUUGGCGAGAUACCACCAUAAUAAAACCAUCAACAAAUAAACUGCUUUAUAGUUCACACGAUUAUAAUUCAGGGAAAUGAGUUAGAAGGAAAUGUGUUAUGUUGCGUGGUGCACCCAACAUUGUAUUUUUGUGUUUGGACUUCCUUUGCACUGCUCGUCAAUGCAGUGUUAACAAAAACCAACGUGACAACCACAUUUUUGAAAACGAUAAAACAUUCAGGACGAUUCCAGCCAUCUGAACCCAACCAUGGCCGGGUACUCCAAACAACUGCAGGGAUUCAGCCGCAAUUGACCUCCCAUUGGGACGCUGUUUUAAGCCCUGAGUGAUGUUAACGUCACACAAACACGUGUUUGCGUGUAGCUGGGGGGCAGGCAGAAAUUGUAUGUUUACUAAGAUCGGCUGGAGGUAAAGCCCAGUGAAGUGCGGCAAAGAGAUGGGGGGGGGGGGAAGACGAACUAAAGCCUGCAGUGCUAGCUUUUGAAUGCUGCUGGUGUGCCGUUUUGACUUUGUUAGAAACAAGAUUGGCUGUGGAUUAUUGUGCCACACGUUGUGAAUACUAAAUGUUGCUGACGCUGACCUUGCAUGCUCCCUGCCACCUGAAACAAUAUGGAUACAUGAUGAAUAUCACGUCUUUCCCUGAUGUUGUAUUGUUGUUUGUUUAUGCAAGAUUACCCGGGAGCUGUGAUUCUAUCAUCGAAUUCAGAUCAUUACUUUUUUUCUAUAACUUCUUAAUCGUUCCAUCCCUCUAAUUAAACUGCCACGUGGCUCUGAUGGACUGCCGCUAUUAUGCAAAAAAAAAAAAUGGGCUGUUCCAUACUUUGGCCUUAAGCCAUCCCCCAGAAUGCUGCUAAAUUCCACCCAGGUUGGCAUUAUGGAAAACAGCCCAAGCUUUUCCUAGCUGUGUGUGUGUGUGUGUGUGUGUGUGUGUGUGUGUGUGUGUGUGUGUGUGUGUGUGUGUGUGUGUGUGUGUGUGUGUGUGUGUGUGUGUGUGUGUGUGUGUGUGUGUGUGUGUGUGGUCUUGAGCGGCAUGAAAUACAUCAAACCCUAACCCUCUUGGAUGGUCAGCAUCCUCUCUAAUGGUCAUUUAAUGAUGCUGUGCUCAUUUAAUGAUGUCAUUUAAUAAAGGCUGCAGUGCUCCCGAGGUUCAAUAACAAAUAAUUAUUUUUCAAUAGUUUCCUGUGCCCUGCUGUUGUUACUAAAGAUAAUGAACUUGUACUUUUUGUUGUCGUCAGCUGUGACUAAUUUGUAACCCGUACACCAAAGAGUGUGCGUAAAGUCCAGCUUGGGAAGUAUUGCACAAAACCUUGUCACAGUUAAGUGAGCACUUUUAUCUACCCACAGCUCGUAUCUAUUCAGCUUCCUGGAUAUUGUCAACAGUUGUAAAGGCAGGAUGUUGCUAAGCUACUGGCUCAUUUCUUACUUCUGCUAAAUUGGAUGUGCGGCUAUGAAAUUAACACUAAUUUAUAUGAGAACCUGCCGGUUCUCAAGGCAGAAAGGUGUGGGUUAUUGAACUUAAAGUUGUUUUUGAACCUUUUGAUUUGUAUUACCAGAAGUGUAGCUAGGCUACUCAUUGCGUUCACUGCUUGUUAGCUGCUGUUCAAUGCCUGAAGUUGGUCAAGAGACAUUCAGCCUCUGUCAGUCAGUUUGUACUAAGCGCCAUUCCUGGUCAAUUCAUGGUCAACCAAAUAAAACUAGGAUAGGUACUAGUUAUGACCGAUUCCAUUAAUGGACCGGAGUUUGAUUUGUAUCAUGUCCUUGUCCUUGUUUCUACGUUCUGUUUUGAGCUGUUUCAGUUAAUGACAUUCCAGCAGAAUCACAGUCUGCCAAAUAGAAAAUAAAACAAUGGCUCAAAACAAUUCAAACACUUUGAGCAACGUAAAGAUUCGGCCCCGUUCGGAAAUCAGCCACUGCCCAGCCAAAGCCCGACUGGUACACAGUGGUGUUCACCAGACUUCAGGUUAACAUUACCGAGGGGUCUGGUCUGAUUUUGUCACUAGACUUGUCUUGCCUUGAGUUAUUUGCAUGAGCUCACCGUGUUUGCAUGACCAUUCUUCAGGGAGGUGUGUGUGUGUGUGUGUGUGUGUGUGUGUGUGUGUGUGUGUGUGUGUGUGUGUGUGUGUGUGUGUGUGUGUGUGUGUGUGUGUGUGUGUGUGUGUGUGUGUGUGUGUGUGUGUGUGUGUGUGUGUGUCUGACCCUUUUCUUAGGCGGGCCUCCGGCUACAAGCUUUCCUCACACUCACCAACUCAUCAGCACCCCGCCUAGAAAAAGCUUUUCUAAUACAAAGGAUAAUUAGCAAAGUUACGAAAUGUGCGGUGGAAAUACAUGGACAUGGUUUGAGUUGUGACAUGCUCCUUAUUAAGACUUAAAAGACUCAACAGAAGACCUGAAUACAUAUGCUGUAUGCUAGAACAUAGUGUGUACGCACGCACACACAAAAAGUGUCAUUGUGGUAUAGCCAACGCAUAACGCCAAAUGCAGAAAAUGUGACGCUGUGGUGGGUGUCAAUAAAUGACAUGCUUAACUUCCGCCUCGCAGCAGUUUCAGUUUCAACUAAUAACAAAGUCCUUUCGACUUAAAAAGGUCACAUUCUGAGUGAUAUAUCUGGGUGGCUCGCUGUCGUGGAGACGUGUGCCUCGGGUCUCGUGGGUGUGGGUCUGAGAGAAGAUGGAUGGCCUGAGCAUUGACAUUACAACUGUGAUAUACACACACCUGCGGUCUUACACGGUGCCAAACGAACAGCGCUACAUCAUCCGCAUACUGUUCAUCGUGCCCGUGUACGCCUUCGACUCCUGGCUCAGCCUGCUCUUCAUCAGCAACGACCAGUACUACGUCUACUUUGACUCCGUCCGUGACUGCUAUGAAGCAUUCGUCAUAUACAAUUUUCUGAGCCUGGCGUUCGAGUACCUCGGGGGAGAGAGUGCUAUCAUGUCAGAGAUCCGAGGAAAACCCAUACAGUCAAGUUGCCUCUAUGGAACCUGCUGUUUGUUUGGAAUGAGCUAUUCAAUUGGCUUUCUACGAUUCUGUAAACAGGCUACCCUUCAGUUCUGCGUGGUCAAGCCCAUCAUGUCGGUCAUCACCAUCAUCCUGCAGGCGGAGGGCAGGUAUCAUGAUGGUGAUUUCAGCGUCAACGGAGGAUACCUGUACAUCAGCAUCAUCUACAACUUCUCCGUCAGCCUGUCCCUCUACGCCCUCUUCCUCUUCUUCUUCGCCACGAGUGACCUGCUCCGGCCCUACGAACCGGUGCUGAAGUUCCUCACCAUCAAAUCGGUCAUCUUCCUUUCCUUCUGGCAAGGCAUGGUGCUGGCCCUCCUGGAGCGGUGUGGCGUGAUCCCCAACGCGCGGCUCAUCGACGGCCACGAGGUGGGCGCCGGCACGGUGGCGGCGGGCUGGCAGAACUUCAUCAUCUGCAUCGAGAUGUUCUUCGCCGCCAUCGCCCUCCGCUACGCCUUCACCUGCGACGUCUACCAGGAGAAGAAGAACGAAAUACCAGCGAACAACGCCCCCAUGCAGAGCAUCUCCAGCGGCCUGAAGGAGACCAUGAACCCGGGGGACAUGGUCCAGGACGCCAUCCACAACUUCUCGCCCGCCUACCAGCAGUACGCCCAGCAGUCCACGCAGGAGGUGGUCCAGCCCAGCCAGACCGCCAAGCAGGGCCCCGGGAGCAACGGCAAAGCCCCGCGCAAAUCGGACAAGAUCAUGCUCAUCACCUCAGACGAUGACUUCUAAAUUGCACGUUGCGUUCGUCCCGUCAGCCAUGCCCAUGCCCCCCCCAACCGUGCUCCUCCCCCUGCUUCUCCCCCCUCCGCCCUCCGCUCCUGCUCCAUUUUGUGCAACUGCCGUAUCAAGGAAGAACUUGCACGACUCCUGUACCUUUUUAAUACUCUGGAGCAGCGAGGGGCGCCAUUGUGUGUCGUCUCGCUACAAUGCGAUUCACGCGGAGAGCUGAGCAGGGAUGACGGGUCCAGCUCAACAAUGAUUAUUAGAAGGGAGGGGAGAAUCGCCUCAUUUUAACCACGGAGGGACCAAGUCAGGGAUAUAUACGAUACGUCGUAUUACAACAAUGUAUCGAUAACAUGAGUGGCCAAAGGAAGACCGUUCUGCCUGACUCUUGUUGUUUUCAUGAGGUUUAUGGCCAUAUGCAGCCAGCAUAGAGGAUGGACCGGGAAAGUGGUCAUGGCAAGGUCUGAGUCCUCCUGGCCCUGAUCUCUCUCUCUCUCUCUCUCUCUCUCUCUCUUGCCUCUCAUCUCCUCGUUUUGAAGUGUUUGGUUCCUUCUGUGGGGCUUCAUCUGACAGGCGAGAUGAUUCUGUCAAAAGGGGGCACUUCAAACCACAUAGAUUUGGUGGGGUGGAAUCCUUUUAGUAGCUGGCUACAAGCGUGGGCAAAAUGGAUGGAAGCGGCUGGUCUCCCACCAACCGAAACAUUCCAUCGGGGUCCUCAUUAGUUUUCCUCAGCCCUGUGCAGAAGAAGCCUGUAGUUUGUUCUGCUGUGCUUGAGAGGGGUUUAACCAACGUAAAGAGAAUCAAGUCUCGCGGCAUCAUCUUUCUACUCCAUCCACUUAUUAAUUUUUGUAUUAUAUGUAAAGGAAUAGUUCUGAUUGGUCUGUUGUGUGAUUUUUACCUUGAAGAGAUAUUUUUAACUGGAUAUACAAAUUGUUUUGGUGCAAACUACUUUGAACAUAUAAAAUUGUUUUAAGCUAAAUGUUGAUGUAAAUAUUGAACUUUGAAGCAUUUUCAAAGCAUGUUUGUGAAUACCUUGUUUGAUUUCAAUCUGUCUUUGUACUGAAGUAAUGCAGGCUAUACAUAACUCUUGCUUCGGUGUGAAGUAAUCAAAAUUUCACUUGUGCCAUAGCUUUUUUCCUGGGAAAGCAGAAUUAACUUUUGAAGAUGGGCACAAAGUGUAAUUUACAUGAUAAAGAGAUUGUUCUGUUUUUUUUUUUUUCCUCUGACUGAUGUAAAAUAAAUAAUUUAAUAUGUUUGCUGGCAUGAGUGUGCUCAAAGGACUCCUUCUGUGUUAGGUAGAAAGGGGAAUCUUUAUUUAAAAGUACAAAAGGGACAUGGCUAAACUUUGGUUUAGCUUAUCUUGAGUACAGGAAGAAAUACAGAUUUACUUUAUGCAUGUUGGUACCUCAUUGGAAUAUGGACAAUUUGUGAAUGUAACAAAAUCAAUUAAAUAAAUAUAAAAUAUAUAGGAAAGGA